GUGGCCCAGGACGGCGCGCUGCGUGCUGUUCGGACGGGCCCAGCCAUGGCGCCUGGCCGCUCUGGUGGUCUUGCAGCUGCAGAUCAGCGUACCUGGUUCUGCAGGUUCUGCAUUCACCAGCGCACUGGUGAAAAGUUCUUCAACAAACCAGAUCGUGACGUCUGCUACCAGUGCAGAAGGUCAAAAGGGGCGUGCUUCCACAGCUACAAGGAGCACAAGUCUCCCAGUGUCCGUGCUGGUCCUUCGGCUGACAAGGCGGCCCCGUGGAACCAGACUAAGCUGCAGCUCCAAGCAGCGCAGGACACUAUCAAAAAGCUGGAGGCACAGUUGCGUGAGCAGCGCGACAAGCCAGGAGUCAAGAAGGUCCGUUUUACAGACGAGGCCAUGGACGUGGACGCUGGAGACGACGCUGGCACAUCUAUCGCCAAUGAUGGUCAAUUCGAUGAAGGAAAGGCUCGAACACGACUGGCCGAACUGGACAAGCAGUUGGACAUGGCCAGCAAGUGCGAGGGCCUCGCUUGGGUCACGCUCAAAGCCAGUUUGGGGGCGGAACGUGAGGAGCUCCAGGCUGCCAUCAACAAGCGGAAGCCUGCAGCAGCGAGGAUGCUCAAUCUCACUCGCAAGAUCGAGGCUAUGGGUGUCCAGAUUGCAAAGCAGGAGAAAAACAUUGAGGACAAGCGCGUGCAGCUACAAGAGCUGCAAAAUGAGAUUGAUGAGUCUGAGAAAGCGGUGCUGGGCAGGUUGCAGCUAUUGGGCUUGACGCUUCAAAGCUUGGACAAGUACUACGAGAUCUUGGGGCAGGUGAGCAUGCUGAUAAGUUGGUGGAAGGCAUCGCCAAUCAGCUGCCUGCCAUCAUUGCCAAUGCCCAGGUCACCGUCGUUGGCAGGGCUGGUCUUCCUGCUGCUGGGUCAGCUGAUGAUCCUGCCGCUCGUGCAGCACGUGAGCUACAAGCCAAGCGCGAUGCUGAAGCUGCUGAAGAGGCUGCUGCAAAACGGGCUGCUGAGGAGCAG